AUGAAGAAAAUAGGAGCAACCAGGUCGGAAAUCCAGAUUUGAUGAUUGGUGGAAAGCAGAAGAGGGCGGGACUUGUGUCUAAUUCAGUUAUUCGAUUGGCUCUCUUCCAGUGUACGUCACUUUAGUGUCAAAGUAAGAGACUGUUACAAAAAAUAUAUGUAUUUCUGGGCUCUUGUUUAAAUAUUACCUGAUCAGAAUGCUCAGUCAACACAAAAUAAAUCCUAAAACUGCUGUUGCAUAAAGAAUCUCUGACGUGACAGAUGACUAAGUGGAAGAAAUCAUGGCAUCUGAGUAGGUUGGCUUCACACUGGAGGUUCAAGCUCACACAAUGUCCCACUGUAACAGAGAGCUGGUCCGGUUCUAUUUAGCCUAUAAGAUGUCAUGCAGGGACUAUCCUGUGUCCCUGCUGAAGCCCACAGACGAUGGGGGAGAAACUGAAGAGGACCACUCCGAUGCCCGGAAUCGCAGGCUGGUCAGCAGUGAGGACGGCCGGCUGAGGAGGUCCUGUCCCUGUUGUGCUAGCAUGGACGCCAUCAAAUCAACUCUCAAAGAUUCGGCCGAUGAGUUUGAACGUCGUUUCCAUCAAGGUUUUAGUGAUCUCUCCGUGCAGCUUCAUAUCACUCCAGACACGGCCUACCAAAACUUCAAAAGGGUGUUGGAUGAGCUGUUCAAGGAUGGGAUCAACUGGGGGCGCGUUGUGGGUUUGUUUGUCUUUGGUGGUGCGCUGUGUGUCGAGUGUGUCGAGAGGAAUAUGGGUGAGCUGGUCUCCCGCAUUGCUGAAUGGAUGACCCAGUACCUGGAUGAGCAAAUAAGUCCAUGGAUCCACAGUCAUGGAGGAUGGGAUUGCUUUGCACGGCUGUAUGGCCAGAACGGCGCUGCAGAAGCGAGGAGAUUUCAAGAGACGCUGAAGAAGUGGAUGCUGGUCACAGUGGCCCUUUUAACUGGACUGCUGCUGGGUGUGCUCAUCACCAAGAAACGGUGACGGUGCUUCGUUGUGCUCGUCACUUCACGCCCGAGUUAAGCUAAAAGGCGAAUGUUUACAUUUUCAAACCUCUGCUGCUGCACUGACAGGCUUUUGGAAGGCUGCGUCACAUCUAAUUAUGUUACAGCAAAUAGUUUUAUCUUUUUAAUGCACAGCAGAGUGCAUCAUUUAGCAGAGUGUAUUGUUUGGACUGGAAGCUCUUUAAAUGAACCCGAUAAGCUAAGAAACAUUGACACAUAUCUUUUAUUUCUUCAUUAACAGACAACUAUGUGUGGUCACACAGCUGACUCUUAUUUUCAUUUUGUAUUGCAAUGCUCCUAGUGUUACCUGUGCUGGAGAUUAAGGCAUGCUUCAAAAAUAAAUAUAUUUAUGCUUUUU